GUCACAAAUCGGCGGCUGAUAGAAAGUCCCCUGCAUUACGAACAGUACGUACCGUACGACCCCCAACUUCACGCACGUUACUGCCUUUUUUUUUCCAACGGAAUCAAACUAAGGCGAGACCUGUGCUGUGCGAUCAGCGGUGGCCGAAAACUUGCUUCGCGAUCCCACCAAGUUUCAUUUCGUUAGAAACCACCUUGUACAUCCAAACGAAAGGAACCUUCUUGACAACAACAGAACACUGGACACAACAAACAUUGCAAAGCAUCAAUAACAAUCAAUACCUAAAGAUGAAUAUCUACACGAAACUCUUCGCGCUCACUUUGUUGGCGCUCUCUGUUGUGAACGCUUCCGGUUCCAUCAUCAUCGAAAACAACCGAGCACUCAAGGCCGGCAAGAAGGAGAAGUCCCCCAAGGCACCAACGGACAAGUCCGUAAAGUCCACCAAGGCACCAUCGCAAAAGUCCGUAAAGUCCACCAAGUCACCAUCGCAAAAGUCCAGUAAGGCGCCUUCCAAGAGCAAGAGUGACAAGAAGGGCGUCACCACCGGCCCCACCCAAUCCCCCACGGGCGGAAACAGCCCCACGAAGUCCCCUACCAGAACUCCCACGAAGGCUCCGACGAAGGCUCCUACGAAGUCACCUACUCAGUCGCCUACUCCAGGGGUAACCACAGGGACCUCAGCAGCAACGACGUCAGGCGACAGCUUUACUUCCUCUCUAGCUGCGGGUGCAGAAAUCGUGAUGUAGAGAGUCCUUUCUUUCGUGUGUUGUUUGCAUUUUGUUCGGUUCUUUGAAACUACCGACCGUGUCUCUGGUACGGUGGCAACAAGAGCCGCAAUGGAUACGAAUCAUAGUGAUAGGAAACUACACCGCAUGGUCCGAGAUCGAUAGAGAGUGGCAAACAUAGGCGAAUCACAGGACUUUCUUGCUUGCGCGGAGCGAAUCUGGUUUGACUUGCUUCGCUUGGUGCCUGCUUUCCUAGUGGUACGACGGGCUGGGAAUUGAUUGGUGCAAAAUGGGAAUAGCAACCAUUCAUACAAAGAAAACGAUGGUACUCUAUUGUUCGUGUUGGAUGGACAUUAUUUGUAGAAAGUAAGAACCACCAUUUGGUUUUGAAUAAUUAAAUGAUAAAAAAUGGA